AUGGUCAUCUUCUCCCCUGACGGCCGCUACGCCUACGUCAGCUCCUCGGGCAACUUCACGGGCGGCUCCCCUACCCCCGACGCCGUCGUCAUCGACGCUGUGUCACGCGCGAUCGUGGGGCGCAUCCCUCAGGCGUCGCCGUUCAGCCCCAACAUCGCCGCGACGCCAGACGGCAAGCAGGUGUGGUUCACCCUCAAAGACUCUGGCAGGGUGCAGGUGAUCAGCGCCACGCCGCCCUUCAAGACCAUCGCCGUCCUGGCCACCGGCCCCAUCACCAACCACGUCAACUUUGCCGUCACCGGCGACGGCCGCCAGCUGGCCUACAUCUCCGUCGCCGGCGCCGCCGCGGUGCAGGUCUGGACGACGGACAGCAGGCCCGCGCGCGUCGCCACUGUCGAGGAGGUCGGCUUCAACCCCCACGGCGUGUGGCCGUCGGGGGACGGCCGCCGCGUCUACGUGGCGCUGCAGGGCGGCAACGCGAUCGCCGUCAUCGACACGUCCACCAACACGCUGGCCGCCACCAUCCCCGCCGGCGGCCAGGGCCCCAUGGCGCUCGCCUAUGUCCCCAACGCGAUCCCCGCGGGCGCGCCGCCGGCCGUCAACCUGAGCGCGCCGGGCGUCGCGUCGGGCAACAACUCCCUGUACCUGGUGCUGGCGCCGCCGGGCGCAAAGAAGGGUGACCCCCUGGUGACGCGGGUGACCCUCAACCGCCAGGGCUUCAUUGACCAGCUGGAGGCGACGGUCGCCGGCAUUAAGACCGGCGGCACCUACGUGCUCGCGCUCUCGCCCGACCGCGCGGGCACGGCGGGGGAGCUGCAGCCCAUUGCGCAGUUCAGCGGCAAUGCGGACGGCGCGGCCAACCCCGCGACUGUUGGGACGUUCAGGUUUGCCCUUGGGGCCGGCGGUGCGAGCGCUGGGGCCGCGGCGGGGCGGCGGUACCUGGUGGUGGCUGAGUUUGCUGGCGGGCAGGUGGGGCGCGUACUGCAGGUGCAGCAGGAGUGA